UGCCUCCGGAUGAAGAGCGCUGUUGUCAAAAUGGUGGAAUUAGAAUCUAUAAAUACAGAUGCAAGAAUUUUAGGAUGGGUCACGGUGCUGCUGCUGCUGGUGAUUCUGUUCCUAAGAGAAGAUAUUGUGAAAAGCAUUACAAUUAUUAUAAGAAUCGUAAGGAGAAUAAGAGAAGUGGAUCGAGGAAGAAGAAGGAACUAGGGGAUCGAGGAAGAAGAAGGUAACGGAGGAGGAAGAUGACCGGUCCCUUAAUGGUACCUGUGACUCGGUAGUUCUGCCAAAAUUGGGGCAAAGAGGGAAUUUGUAAGAAUUGUCUGGAAUACUAAAAUCAUUGACAGGAAUGAGGGAACCUAUAGUUGUAAUUAUGAGUUUGAUUGAUAGAAAUGAAGAGUAAAAAUCAUUGCAGCUCAUAUACAAGGUGGCUCUGCCAAUGUUGGGACCAAGAGGAACAAGAACACGGAAAUGGAGAAGAAGAAGCUGCCUCCAGAUGAAGAGCGUUGUUGUAAAACUGGUUUUGGAGGAUGGAGAUGCAAGAACUUUAUGAUGGGUCAUGGUGCUGCUGAUGAUGAUCAUACUGCUCCUAAGACAAGAUACUGUGAAAAGCAUUACAUUCUUCGAGAAAUUUAAAUUAGCAGAGGUAGAAACCAGAAAGACUGCUGCUAGAGAUGAGGAUGCAGCUGAAUAUUGGAGGAACAAGUGUUCUGAUUUGGAGACUCUAGUCCUGGCGUUGGAAAUUGAAAACUUAACAAUGAGGUAUGAAGAUAGGCCAAUAUUGAGAUGUCAAGAGUUGCAUGAUUCUGAAAACUUUGAGUGCGAAGCGCGGGGUUUGCAGAAUGAAAUUACUCAAACUGGUGAAAAGCGAAGACAUGGUAAAAACAACAGGAGCAAACCUAAUGCUGAAACCAGCUGUGAAGGGAGGAAGAACUCUCAUGUGUAUGAAUCAGAGUCUGAAUUUCCCAAGUACCCUGUUGUGAGCAUUCCUUCUGGAAGUGUACAUUUAUUAGAUGGGGGUGAUAGUGUUGAAGAAGGGGAUGGUUGGUGCUGUUUGGAAGAGAGACCAUCUCAACAUGGAUCAUCAUCUCAAGCUCAUGAUCUGGAAAUGAGUAACAAGUCAUUUGGGGACAUGGUCUCGGACGACGGAGUCGGUGAUAGUCUUGGCGAACCUGAAGAUUCUAAUAGUUUUGUUGAUUCAAACAUUUCUCUUGGUGACCCUACGGAUAACAAAGACGAACUGGAUUGGAAAUCUCCUUUUAUUAACCUCCUCUAAUUUUGUACACAUAGGAAAUACAAAACUGGGUUAACAUACCAUACAAUACAUCGGAUGUGUAAAUGGCUGUGUAUUGAGUCUGCAAUGUAGUAAGUCAUAUAAUGGAAGCUACACUUCCCUAGGUUGAAUUAAAGCUUUAUGACACUAUGAUGGAUCCCAUAUUAGGUGUCUCAAGUUCUAGUUCCAGAGAUUCAGUUGACUCCCCAAAUUAGAGUAUAUUGGAGAGAAGGACUAGUUAGCCGGAUAUUCAAUAUGGACGAGUUGGAUUCUUGUAGAUGGUUAUCAGAUGCAGAGGAGUAAAUUGGUCUUAUUAACUUAAACCAGCUAAAAUUCAUGAUAAUUACACUGAUCUCAGAUCUCAAUGGCAUGAACAACCACAAACUUGAGCUUAUUAACUUAAACCAGCUAAAAUUGAAUGCACUGUAAUCUUUUCUUUGCAUCUUAAAAAGUCAGGAAUUUGUCUAUGAGAGAGCUUCUAAUUCUGGUGGUGAGGCAGAUGGAGAUCCAGGUUGUAAGCAUAAUAUCUUGAUUUUCUGCAGAUCUACUUUUUUCAACUUACUUCCAGAUAUGGCACAACAAUGGAGAAGACAUUCCCUCCAGAUUUGAUGCCGUUUGUCCCAUCCCUAGCACUUUAUUUUGCA